UAGAACUGACGUAUUCAGUCUAAAUAAUUUUGCAUUGAGCCUUUCUGGACUGGGUCUUUUUUAACCUGACUCUUAUAAACUAGAAACACUCCUUUACCAAAUUUAGACAAACCUCGAAGUAACGAUACAAUCAAUGUACCUCGUCGAUGCAUUGAUGAAAUUUGGCCAGCGAAGCGCAUUACGAUGAUAUGGUUGAUUUACUUUAAGGGUGCUUGAGGCCAUCCUUAAAGGGACUCGCUCAUUGUUUGAAAAAUGCGUUCUUGUUUUCAUUACGAAAUAUAGUGUGGCAUAUCAUUAAGGGUGUUAAAACUAAGAAACUGACAGUUGGAACCCUUUAGCAAAUGAUAUUCGCUGUUAAUGUUGUUGCGUGAUUGGUUGAUUGACAUUGUCACAUGAUCUUAUUACUGAUCUAUAAAUCCUAUUGACCUAGUGAUUAGGGCGUAGGUAAUCUAUUUUUUUCUUGACUUUACAGGGUUGGGUUCGCAUCCCACUAAAACCAAAAAGUUUGUAUAGGUAAAUUAUUGUUGUUGUCUUUUUUGCGUUUUCGAAUAAUAGAGUAAAAUAAUGAUAAAAUUAUUAAAAAAAUUUUUUUUUUAUUAAUAAUCAGUUGCAUACGGGGAAAACUAAUUGUUGGUCCAAAAACCUGAGCGAGUCCCUUUAAGCAAUGUUCGCGUUUGUUUUACAGUGAAUGGAGAACAGAAAAGGCAGAUGAGUCAUUGUAGGGGUCAUGCCUCGAUAGAUUUAACCUUUCAGAUACAAGUCGUAUACUUAUGUUUUAAGUUAUAAACGGAAAUGGUUAUAAUAGAUAGCAUGCAUCUGUAGUUCAAUUUGUAUGAGAUAAUGUAGAACAUUAUUUAAUUCUGAUGUUAACAUACUUUUAUCGUUACUAUUGAAUUACUCAACAAAGCUUAAAUGGAUGUGCAUUAUUCAUACAUUAAUGAGGACUAGCUUAUCAUAGUCAAACCGGACCCUCUCUCAGGCCUGUAGAGACGACGUGAGUUAAAGCGGAAGCGAUGCCCGUCGUCAAGAACAAGGCGCGGGAAGGUGGCCAGUGGCGCCGGAAACAACACAGGGAAAAGGGAAAUUCGGACGCUGACAUCGAACUCGAGGACUUAGAUAGAGUGUUAAGAAGCGAGACAUCGCUGUCCCUUGCAUCGGAACUCGGCGAGUCGGCGGCUUCCGACCAAUUCCAGAGGGAGGUUGCUCACAAGACUCGAGCACUUUUGAUUGGUCGACAAGAAGCGGAAACGGAAGUAUUCACAGAUAUGAUAGUGAGCAAGACCGGAAAUCUUGACAGGGCGCUUAUCUACGUUUUGGAACAUUUGAAAAUCGAGUCGAAGAUCCAGGUGAUGGUGAACAGCCUGAUCCACCGGGGGGCCAACUCUUCCGCCACCGACGAAUCCCUCAAGACCCCUCUACACUUUGCAGUCGAGCGAGGACUCAAAGGCGUGGCUGGCAAACUACUUGAGAACGAUGCUCUUCCACACUCCCGGGACAAAAAGGGACGCCUUGCCCUGGAGACCGCACUCAAACUUGAGAAUGACGAGCUCGCCGCCCUCCUUCUGGCCUAUAUGCCAAACAGAUUUGUCCGUUGUCUUUUUCUUGCUGACAAAGGAAAUUCAGCCGAGUUCUGUCUCCACAAACUGAUUAGAUCUGAGAAAUUACAGAAAACAGUAUUGUCGGUGCUGGAUUGUAUGAUCGAGCCGCAAGGUUCCGCGGACAAUAUUAGGGUGUACUACGGCGCCCUGGAGGCGGACGAGGCUGGGCGGCCACCCGACCACCCACAGUUCCAACACACCGACAAGUCAUGCAUGCAGAUCAUCGCUAAACAGGGGAAUAAGAACAUAGUGUACCAUGAUACGGUCCGUUUACUUAUUCGACGAAAGUGGAAAUUGUAUGCUCGUAAAAGAUUUGAACUAAACACGGCCAUCUUCAUGUUCUCGCUGUUCUGCAUGACGUUCGCAGCGGUGACGUCAGUGAUGACCCCGGACCCAACAAGUUACCAUGGUACCCUGCACGUGGCACGAGCCGUUUUCGAGGUCCUGUCGCUGAUCAUGGUCGCAUUCACAUUGUUCACGGAAUUCAAUCAGCUGAGAAGGCACCGACUGGAGUAUUUCCACGACGUGUUUAACUGGUUCGACUCCUCCGCCUCGUUCCUCAUCCUGAUUGUUGUCCCUCUUCGCUUUACGGAUAAUAUUGCACAAUGGCACGUGCUUGCAUUCGGAUACCUCCUCUGGACAUUGCGGAUAUUCAAAUUUGCCGCCGUGUUUAGACAGAGCGGUGCCUAUGCCCAGAUCCUGUCCCGGAUCCUGGCAUAUGACUUCAUGCAGUUUGGCCUGGUGUUCCUCGUCAUCCUCCUCGCUUUCUCCGUGUCCUUCUAUCUCGCUCUCCGUGGUGACUCCGGCCUUAACGUCCAUGAUGAAACCAGCACGUUUUGGGGGAUCCUGUUUGUUGGUGUGCGGUCCCUGACGGAGGCGGCGCCGGUCGUGGAAUACACAGGCGAUAAUGGAUACGGAACUGUGAGCGUGAUACUGAUGCUGUGCUUCCUGUUCACGUGUAUCGUGAUCCUGCUCAACAUCCUGAUCGCGCAGCUCACCGACACGUAUCAGAAGGUACAGCAAGACGCUCAGCGAGGCCUCGAGGCUAACCGUGCUUGGAUUGUCUCCAGGGUAGAGCUGAACUCAUUCGUCUUUGGACAUCGCUAUUUUAACCGGAAAACGUACUACAAAGAGUGUGAAGACAUUAAGGACAUGAAAUCCGUGUUGGACAAGUGGGAAUCGCCUCCCCUGAACGAGAUGAGCAAGUACGUUCGGGACGUCUGGGACUCGCUCGACUCGCACCGUAUGUCCCUUCUCACCGUCCAGCAGCGACUCGCCCGCCAGGAAAAUACACUUAGAGACAUACAGGAGCAACUGCGCUGCCUCCUGUUGGUGCAGGCGCCAGGCUUAGGUGUAGAACGGCCGCGAUUUUACCGCAGCGACACAGAAGAUGGACCAAAUCCUGUGCAGCCUACGGGAAUGCGGAGAGAAAGUGGACGGGCAAGGGCGGGUCAAUCAACAAACGUUCCUAGUACCGUACCGGAAAACGAAAUCGAUAACUUGAUCAGGAACUUAUCUGAUAGCAUACCAGAAGACGAAGUUGAUAACAUACUCAACGAGUCUAAUUUCAUAACCAAAGAAAGUGCUUAUAUUGUAAGACAUUCUCAAGACAUUAAUAGAAAUUCACAACCCACCCAACAAGACAAUAAGCCUGUUGAAACAGUAGAACAGCGUGAUGAAGAGGACACUGAAUUUUUUGAAAGUGCUGAGGUCUCAAUUGAUAAUAGUUUCCCUGAGAGGAAAUCUAUGCAUAGACAAGACUCUGUACAUGAGGACGAUAUUGAGGUGAAUGUAGAUACAAAUAGUCACGAUGACCUCUAGGACAAUUCUUACAGAAUCUAGGCAUAGAUGCUCAGGUGAAAAUAUCUGUUUUGAAGUCAGUUUUAUACGAUAGUUUCAACAUAGUCAAAAUCGUUUUCGCUCAUUUUAAGUUUUGAAUUGUCUCGUCUAUAGGUCUUUUUUCGAGAAAUUACUUCAUGGCUAUAAUUGACGACCAGUCAACAAAUGUAAAUUGAACAAUAUUUGUAAAUCAUGCACAUGCUUGCUGGGUUAGUAUAUUAUAUACAUCUACACACAUUUAGAAUAUCAAAUAGUAUACUUGUAAUUUAGUUAUAGUGAUGACAUAAUACUAAAAUAUGCCAAGGAUAUUAUAUAUUUCUAGCCUAGGUAACAGGAUAAGUCAGUUGUUAGGCUAUAUGAACGUCAUUUAUAUGUAACAUAAUUUAUUAUGUGAAUUUGCUGCUGUA